UCAUAGCAGACGAUAAUUGUGAUCGUCAGCCUCUGGCGGGAUAUUGAAUCAAGAACCGUAACUCUUGUUGGUUUAUCAUGUCAAACCAGUUAGUCUAGCAUAUCGAGUGGGUCUAUUCAUAUCGAUGGUGCACUUAUAAACAGACAGAGGUACAACUAGUGUGUCUGCCAACUACGACGCUACUGGGAUCACUAGCUUCAGUGUGAUAAUGGCGAUUGAAUCGCCGGACUCGAAAUUUAAAGCAGACGACAGACAGCCUCGUUUUCAGGAAUUACUUUUUUUCACGCUACCUGUAUUGUGAACUCGGAAGAGGAAUCACUCUAAGUUUGGAAAGUUAUUGUGAUACUGUGUGAUUGUGAAUAUUCGGGAAAAAUGAAAAGGAAUACGCUCACUCGUCUGUUUUGUGUGACUCUGGGAUCAAUCUGGAUUACUUAUGCCGCAGCUAAAAAAGACCCAUGCCAUGAAGGUCGGUACCGCGUCAUUGACGACUACCGCCGCUACAUCAACUACGUCACCGAUGAGAAGGGGGACAAGCUGUGUGACAUCGGACUGGACAUAGGCUGGUACAGAUUCAUGGUCAAUGGGUCAAACGCCGUCAUGGCCAGCAAGUGUGUACAGACAAACAGAUGUGGAACACAAGCUCCGAUCUGGUUGGAUCUCGAAAAUGGUUUACCGGAACCCGGUAGACAAGUUUCCGGUCGCGCAUGCGCAUCAUGGUCCACUCCGGGGUCGGAUCCAGACUGUUGUUUCUAUGCAUUCGAGGUUCAUGUGCAUAAUUGUGAAGAUUUCUUUUUGUAUAGACUUCAAUCUUCACUUGGAUGUGAUAUAGCUUAUUGUUUAGACUAUCAUAAAGUUACGUGUAAAAAAGGAGAAACAUACGAUUUAAAAAAUAAAAAAUGUAAUGCACCAACACCUAUAUGUAAAAGUGGGGAGGUUUAUGACGAAGAUUCCGGAACAUGUGUUGGUCCGCAGCCUGUCCUAGCCCUGCAUAACUGUAAACAAGGCCAGGUGUUUGACGAGGUGUUGCAGCAAUGUGUUGUGUUAGUGGAUGCUCUCGAAUACCACCAGCCCAUCAUCAAGGUCGAGGUCAAGAACAACGUGGCGACCUUGACCUGUCUCCUUGAACUUCCCUACAAAGAUCUACCCGGGGUGACGUUCGGCUACCUGUGGUACAAGACCACGCACUAUGGCCAGGAACUUAUCGUCUCCGGGGGCAAGGCACUCUACAGUCAAACAAUCCGACUUGGUCAUGAAGCCCGCAUAGGGGAAACCGUUAUCUGUACUGUGAGUCUGGGCAAUGGUGCCAGACGUGGAGACACCAACGUGGAAGUCCAGAGUGAACCCUAUUUUCUUGGAUUAAAGAUCAAGGAGCAUGAUCACAUAGUCCGGGAGGAUGGACGGAACUACAACCUGACCAUCGUCUCCACGGUGCCCAUCGUGUGUUCACCCGACACACCCAAGCACGAGUGCAAGCUCGCCGUCAGUCUUCUCGUCUUUGGACAAGUUGGUCUGGAGAUCCCCCGACUUCGACUGUCCACGUGCUACUUCGAGUUCAUGAGCAAGAACUGCAGCGAGGGAGUGUGUGACCAGCAGGUGAUACAGAUGCGACUCAUCCCAAACCUCCAGGACACGCCCAGUGGGACGGGGGCAACCAUUGCUGCUGUGGUCAACGAUUUCGGCCAGAACGUUUGGCAGUCCAUUUCGCUGGACACUCAGGUUAGGAUCGAGGACGUCCCAUUCGCCGAAUGCUUCAUCUUCAACGACCCUCACAUCAUGACGUUUGAUGGAAAGUACUACAACUUAUACCAGAGGGGAACAUACGUCUUCUAUUCAAAUACUGAGAAGGAGUCAAAGGUUCACGGCCGGGUGUGGGACUGUGGCGGCAGGGGUGGGUACUGUGUGUGCGGGGUGGUCAUCAAACACAUGGGAGACAUGGCGACCGUGGACAUGUGUGACGGACAGAGUCCUAACGGCAGGGCAAAGGUCACCUUCCCGUCUCACGCCGUCAGCGAGGACAUCAAGAUCUACACCUCCCGCGAUGACAGGGUGCUCACGGUGCUGUUCGCUGACGGAUUCAGGGUGCGAGUCAACAUGGAGGAGUGGGGUCUGUCCGUCGUCGUCAUGUUGCCGGGGCAGGAGAUCCGCCGAAGUCGGGGUCUUUGUGGAUCCUUUGAUGACGACUCGAACAACGACUUCCAUGAUGGCAACGGCAACAGAAUUAAAGCCCCGGGAGACUACGAGGCAUCACUUCAGUUUGUUAAACUCUGGAGGGUCAAUCCUGGAGAGAGUCUCUUCGACCUGCCCCCAGUGCAAACUGAAUUUCCUCUUAUCGAAGCACAAUGUGACUGCUCCCCAAACAAACAAGGAGAAAUUUGCCCACUCACCUCAUCCUUCAAAGACAUCGUCCCAACAAUCCACACCUCAGAGGAAAGCACCCUUGCACUGUUCAAAGCCCAGUUUCCGGAAGUCGUGCACGACGGUGACCAUGACAUUGACAGAAAUGGUCAAGGUUAUAACACACCCCUUCCUGACCUCCCUCAGCGACAACCAAGAAGGAAGAAGAGACAAACUCUUGAAAACAUACCCACUCUAAAUUUUGAGAUGGAUGAAAGCUACGGUUCGCCCAUCGCCGUUAGUGAAGGGUAUUACUUUGAACCCGAUUACAACACAGAGAUCGGAGACCCGGAAGUGGCCCUUGAUUGGCCGUCCAAAUCAGGCAUUUCUGAAGCGGAAGCCAGUAACGUAUGCGCAAAGACCUUGUUUGACAAUCCAUUAGCAUCGGCUUGUGGGGAAUAUCUUGGUGAAAAAUUACAACUUGCCUACGAUUACUGUAUGACGGACAUUCUUAUAAAGGACGACUUGUCCUGGGCGCAGUACGGUAUGCCUCUGUUGGAGAACCUGUGUGAGGCAAUUAUUCUGCGAGAGAUUCAUGGAUUCUUGUACCCUGGUGACGCUUUACCACAAUGGCCGGCGGAUCUGGUCAAUGCUUUCAACUGCCCAGAGGGUUGUAACCAUGGCAACUGCACCAGAUCCGGUUGUUUGUGUGAGCAGGGAUACAGAGGAAGAUCAUGUGCCGAAGCAAUAACUACAACAACUACUACGACAACUACAACUACAACAACACCAACUCCUACUACAACUACCACGACAACUACAACUACAACCAAAACACCAACUACCACCACUACUGCAAUGCCGUCGACGACGGAGACGUUUGAGCUAUGCGACACUCGCAACACCGACUGCUCAGUGGUAACCUUGGUCGUCCCCAUGACGGACCGCUUACAGUGUAAAGUCACACCUGUCGCAAUCCUCGACGGAUACAAGCAACCACUGACAGCACCCAUUGUUACUCAAAGCAGCAGUGACUCUGACGGCAUGCUGAAGUGUACUCUUCCGCCAAUAGAAUCCCUCCGCCAGUUGUUCGUCUCUGAUUUACCCAUAGAAACACUAGUAAUUGAGGCUGUUAACAUCGGUGGGGAGUCGGUUUCAUCGAAGACCUUGACCCUACACGACUCCGUCUGCAGGGACUGUGGUGUGGACGGUCGUCAAGGUUGUAAGGUCAAGGCUGAUUCGUGUUUCAUUGACUACGAGUGCCACUCCGCUAUGGACGUCAACCCCAACGACCCCUGUCAGCAGUGUGUUGUCGGACUCGGACAGACGUUCUGGUCGCCAAAAAUAGACAACCACCCUCCAGAGAUCCAAGGUCCAGAAACGCCAACGGUUAUAUUCGCUGGUCAACAGGCCAGGGUGCAUGUCAAGGCAACUGAUCCCGAGGGGUCAAAGGUGAUGUACAAGAUUAACCGCCGGGAUGCUUACAUCACAUCUGACGGCUACUUCCACUGGCGUUCAGAAACAAACACAGUCGAUGGCGGCCCUGCAAUGGAGGUGUUCGAGAUUACAGCAAGCGAUAACUGUAACGGCACGUCGAAGUUCUCCCUCGAGGUGGUUGUCCUGACUUGCGAGUGCCUCAACGGCGGUGCCUGUGUCAACCACACCUUCCUCAGGAACAAGGACAUCGACUACAGCUGCGUGUGUCCUCCAGGUUACACAGGAAAACGGUGUCAAAUCAAUGUGAACGAGUGCGCCUCCAACCCCUGCUUAAACGGCAACUGCAUCGACGAGAUCAACAGCUACACGUGCAUCUGUGAUCCGGGCUACAAAGGUUAUUCCUGUGAUGUGAUAGACGAUAUCUGCGCCACGGAGCCAUGCUUCCCGGGGGUGUCCUGCUCUGGGAGGGGCAGUGUCUUCUCGUGCGGGCCGUGUCCCCCGGGCCUCACUGGGGACGGGAAGACGUGUGGGGAAAUGGACGCAUGCGCAGAGCUGCCUUGUUUUCCUGGAGUCGAAUGCAGUGACCACCGAGCCCCGGAUAUCGGCUACUCAUGUGGAGACUGUCCGCGGUUCUUCCGUGGUGACGGCAACAGCUGUCGAAGAACACCUGAGUUGGCGUGCGACAAGGAGGUGUGUUCCCCCGUCGCUGAUUGCGUGGAGGUCGACUACUACCCGGGGUACACGUGCGGCCCAUGCCCGAACGGAUACAGCGGAAACGGCAGUGUGUGUGAACCUAUCUGCGAACCUGCCUGUCGAGGACGCCGUAUGUGUGUUGGCCCCAACAGAUGUGAUUGCCCGGCGGGGUACACCGGGAGGAGGUGCCAUCUCCCUGUGUGUGUUCCUUACUGUCGGAAUGGGGGUGUGUGUUACGAGCCUAACAAGUGUCGGUGUUUCUCUGGAUACACCGGGGAUCAGUGCGAGCAGAGUGUGUGUACGCCAGGGUGUCAGAAUGGCGGGCGAUGCUACACCAGGAACAGAUGUCUGUGUCCCUACGGUUUCACAGGGCCAAGAUGUGAACUAUUGGCAUGUCGAAGGCCUUGUCAAAAUGGCGGAGUCUGUAUUGGGCCUGAGAGAUGUCGCUGUGAGAAGGGCUGGAAGGGACAAUAUUGUGAAAUUCCCAUGUGUUACCCGCCAUGUUUUAACGGAGGCACGUGCAUAAGACCACACGAGUGCGCAUGCCCACCAGGAUAUUCCGGUCGCUAUUGUCAGGAAGCCAUCUGCAUUCCGCCUUGCCUCCAUGGUGGCAAGUGUAAAAGGUUUAACGUGUGUAAAUGUGGAUACGGUUACACAGGGGAGAGGUGUGAACGAGCAUCCUGUCGCCCUAAGUGUAUGAACGGAGCGAAGUGUGUGGGUCCGGACCGGUGCUCCUGUCCCUCAGGAUGGUCAGGAAGGAGAUGUGACAAAGCUGUGUGUCAUCUGUCGUGCCAGAACGGAGGGGUGUGCUUCAAGCCAGACAUCUGCGUCUGUAGGCGGGGGUACGCCGGGGCCAGCUGCCAGAAACCGUUAUGUUGGCCCCGAUGUCGUCACGGGGGUCGGUGCAUUGCCCCGCAGACAUGUCGCUGUAGACGGGGUUUCAGAGGACGUUUCUGUCAGCGGAGACUAAGAUGGGGCAGGCGGAUUGAGUCCUAUAAUGGAAAAUCGUAUGUGAAAAUACGAAUGAUGUUGAAAUGCCUUGAUAAGAACUGCGCAAAGUCGGCGAGUCGGAUGAGGACAGAAAAAACGCACCUGCCUAGCUACUUCUAUUACUACAGAUAACCUCACGUGAUGACGUAGCAAGAUGAAGUAACCUUGCAUGUCAUUGGUCGAAAAAUCUUCAGAGCACCAAUCGCAGUUGAAGUUGCUUGGGCGCGUCAUUUGAAAAUGGCGUUCUACUAAUUUCAAAGACACGCGACGUUCCAGACCUGUCUUGUACUAAUGCUAAUUACAAACCAUGUUCCGAUUCUGUGUAUAUUUGGCACCAAACUCAAGUGCCCCUUUUUUGCUGAUAAUCCUUAAGGUGCUAUACAUGUAUGUUCAGACAGUAUUAGAUAGUGUGUCGCCUCUGUGUUAGUAUUUAGUUAUCAGGACGUAGAUCUGUGAACAUUAUGCUUGCGCUGUUAAUAUGUAUAUAAGAACUUCAAUCUAUUUGUAUGUUUCGUAAUAUUGCAUGUACAUUCAAAAGAAGGGAGCGGGUGGUCCAGUCGUCUACGGCGCCGCAAUUCACAUGCAAAGUUACCUCCCUUUCGCUUAUGACGAUCCUAUCAAGGAUCGUGCCUUCGAGUUUCAGAUUCGCCUCAUUUAUAUUCCCUUGUUACAACACAGUACCCGUGAUUGGUUCGAAAAAUCGGUUUUCGACAAUCUGCGUCUCUUUGGGCUUUACUUCAUCAUGAACUGGUACAUCGUGAUACUAGUGAAAUACUGUUCAAAGCGGCUUUGUUAUAUGGGAUGAGACACUGUGUCCAGCAAAUAUGUAGUCCUAUUUGGGGUGUCUUUUGAGACAUUAGGCUUGUAAAGGUUAACAGUGCUCAGUCAUUCCAUCCUUUUCAGGUUGUAAACGAAUUCCUUGAAGUGGCACUAGGAUCGUACCACCUGGUAGUCUUUAGUGUCAUUGAAAGGUUUAUCACAAUCCGGAGACAGGUGUUCUUGUCGUCUAAGACGCAGCGAUUCACUGUUCAGACGUCCGUGCCAAGUUCGAAUUCAAGAUCCAAUCAGAUUAUGUUUCUUGGUUACCGUGCACGUGGGUUUCACAAAAGUGGUAAAUGUCUGAGACCUGCAUCAUUUCGGACUUUCCCCUCACAUUAAGCUGGCACGCUGUCAUACAGCUGAAAUACUGUUCAAUGCGGCAUUAAACCAAACUCCCUUAGGAAUAUCCUAAUGACACGGAGACGAUGUACCAGGACCGCACAAUUAGUUCAAAGAAACUGGCAAUGAGCAAAACACUUUGGAGCCUAGUACCUCUUUGAUUGUUUCCUGUGUAACCUCAUUUAUUAGUCUUACAGCUAAUAUUGACAUUAAAAUGCGUAUGCUCCAGUGCUUUUUGUACCAUAAUCAUAAUGUCAUUCAUCUGUCUUCUGUGUCAUUCCUGUUCACGUGUCCAUAGUCUACUUCAGGCCUUUACAACAGUACCAGCAACCCUAGCUGCAACCAUGUGGAUCGUCUUCAAUGAAGCUUGGUUGGCCCAGUGGGCACGGUGUUCGCUGUGCAGAGCUGCGUCCUCUAAGUGUUAGGACUCGCUGAUCGUGGGUUUGAAUCUCAUGUUCUUCCCGAUCGUUGGUCUGUCAGCUCCCUACCGGUGCCCGUUUAUUUCCCCAAAGGGGUAAACGACAACGGUCUGUGCUUGCGUCCAAGCUUGCAUGCCGUGAUAUAACUGAAACACUGUUUAAGUCGGACCUGAACCAACUCACUCACUCAUCCAGCUUCUGAUAUGAAUGUCAUGACACCUCAGCAUAGGGCUAAAAACAGAAUGUGACUUGAACAUCGUAACGGUGAGCCUCCAUGUCUUGUUUUGUAUACGGUCAGGGAAUUUGCGGUGUUUUAUUCGCGUUAUGAUAUUACUCAUUCAAUUAUAAUAAUUAUGCAUUAAAUUUAGUUAUUAGUGCCGAUAUUGUGCAUCUUGAUGCUUGAAAAUAGACUCACCGAUGACGUUGAAAUAAUCGCAUACUAAGAAACAUUUUGUGAGUUCUUCUCAGAUUGUUUUUUGUUCUCAGAUUAUGUUUUUAGCUCUGGAGCUGUCUGAUGCACUUUUCAUCAAAUUCAACCUUUAAAAAUGAAUCCCAAUAAAACACACUAAUCUAAGCAAUCUAGAGAACAUUUGUUUCGGACAGUAGUGUAUCUGCUCAAAACGUUCAGAACUUUAUCUAAAAUAUCGAUGUUUAAUUUCCUUAGUUUUAUGAUUGUAAAUAUCAGUUAUUUUGAGUCCUGUUCCUUGUCCCUUGCUCCAGACUGUUACAAGCCAUUUCACGGUCAGGUAAAACGGAUACAUGUUACUUUGUUAGACAUAUUAAUGACAAGCUAAGCUGCUGAUUUGCAUAAUGGCAUACACGCAAGUAGGCCUUGUCCAAUGUUUUACAUGACUUUGUUUAAAAAACAUACUUGUGUUAGAAGUAUUAGGAGUCUAAUAAAGCGUUAUUUCUGGACACCCAGUGUGUAUAUCUGCAUUCACACACUUGUAAAUUGACAAAAAGUCCUUAAUUUAUAUAUGUGAUUAAAUUUAUCUUUAUCGA